GGAUUUGUAUACAUAUUUGGUACAUAUGUAAAUAAUAUAUAGACAGGGAUCGCACUCGAGUUGAAACAACAAAAUAAAAAUGUCAGCAAAACCAGUUUUGUAUUACUCGCCACGCAGCCCACCAAGUCGUGCGGUACUUUUGACAGCCGCCGCUGUCGGGGUGGAAUUAGAUUUGCGGCCGAUGAAUCUGAAAGAGGGCGAUCAUUUAACACCAGAAUUUCUAAAACUCAACCCACAACAUACGAUACCUGUGUUGGACGAUAACGGUACCAUUGUUAGUGAUUCGCACGUUAUUAAUGGUUAUCUUGCGGAUAAAUACUCGUCAGAUGACACGCUCUACCCAAAAGACCAGGCAAAGCGCAGAGAAGUGGACACCCGUCUCUACUUCGAUGCUGGGCAUUUAUUCCCACGCGUUCGCCUUAUCGUCGAACCGGUUAUUUAUUUUGGUGCCGAUGAAAUUGAACAACAAAAAAUCGUUUAUAUGCAAUUGGCCUACGAUGGUUUGGAGAAAUGUCUCUCCCAGGCGCCGUACUUGUGUGGUGAGCACUUGACCAUCGCCGAUUUGUGCGCUGUGGCGUCCGUUUCCAGCGCGGUGAUCUUUGCACCAAUCGUUGAAGAGAAAUUCCCAAAGCUUAGCGCAUGGCUAAAACGUUUGUCACUGUUGCCAUACUAUCAGAAAAAUAAUCAAGAUGGUGCUGAUUUGCUGGGCAGUUUUGUUAGAGAGCGAAUCGAGGCGAACAAGAAGGCGAAAGAGGCUAAAAAAUAAAUGAAAGAGAAAACUUUGUGAAGAAGAGAUAAAAGAAAUGCGAAAAUAAGAGUUGUGGAACUAAAGUAGCUGGUUGGUGAGAGAGUAAAAUCCGAUCAGUGUAGUGAGUGAAAUAAAGAAUUGAAUUAUUACGGAAA